AUGGAUGUGCUAUGGAUGGCACCGCCGCUGCUGCUGCUGUUUCCACUCCUGAUGUUGACCAGCAGCACGUUUGUAUUUUAUUUCAAAAAGUUCUUUUACGUCGCCUGGAUGAUGGUGUUGGCGCUGCUUGCAAUUCCCCUGUGUUUCCUUAAAAGCGGGGGCAGAGACGUUGAAAACAUGAGGCUUAUCCGCUCCUUGGUUCGUCAUGUCAAGUAUUUCCUGGGUCUCCGGUUUGAUGUGAGCGGCUGGGAACAUCUGCAGACCGAGGGUCCCUACGUCAUCAUCUCCAACCACCAGAGCUCCCUGGAUGUUUUGGGUCUGAUGGAGAUCUUGCCGGACCGCUGCACCAUGAUCGCCAAGAAGGAGUUGAUCUACGCCGGCACCGUGGGUCUCAUCUGCUGGCUGGGAGGCAUCGUCUUCAUCAACCGCAAGAAGCCGAACGACGCCAAGAGUGUGAUGAUUGACGCUUCCAAAACCAUGUUGGACGACAAGAUUCGUCUGUGGGUGUUUCCAGAGGGAACGCGAAACCAGACGGGCAACCUGCUGCCCUUCAAAAAAGGAGCUUUCCAUCUGGCAGUGCAGGCACAAGUACCCAUCAUACCCAUUGUUUUCUCCUCCUACAGCGGUUUCUACCUACGGAAACAAAAGCAGUUCAAUUCGGGCACCAUCAGAAUCAAGAUCCUCCCAAAGAUCGAGACGAAGGGGCUGACGUCAGACGACAUCCCCUCCCUCAUCGACAAUUCCUUCGACCUGAUGAACUCCUCCUUCCACAGCAUCUCUAACGCCGUACUCCAUAGCAACGGGCCGUGCAAGCACUGAACAUUUACCACACUCCCCUCCUCCUCUGUCCCCUCUAAAGCCCACCCCCCACCCCACCCCCCCCAGACU